ACCGUUUCUGUUGCUGUUUGUCUUGUAAUACUUGCGCAUAUCAUUUAUGCUAUACUGAGCAAUAAAAAGCAAGUUGAUCAUCAUUCAGUCAUUUUCAGAGGUAAACAGCUUCAUCAUCACCAUUAACCGUUGUCAUCACCAUCUUCAUAAUAACCAUCAACAUCAACAAUACCAAAAUUUUCGUUCUGUAAGGUUACAAUUUUCAGCCAAAUUAACUCGACAAAAUGUUAAACUCUUGAACAUCUAAACCUUUUGAAAAGCCAACCCAGAAACGACAAAAUAUUUGUCCAUCAAUUAAAGCAACAUUUAAAUUUAAACAAUUUACACCAAUUUCAUACAAACAACUUUAUUCAAUCCUUUUAUUGUCAACUUAUCAACAAGUUAUACCAUUCAAUACAAAUUCAAUCAAUGAGCUUCAUUUUUCCAACUUUUCAAUCUUUUAAUCUUUGUUCCAUCUUUUCCGACUCCUAAUCAUUGCCCUGUAAAACUUGAUCGUCCAUCAUCAAUCCACUGAUUAACAAGCAACAAUGCUUAAUGUUUUCCUCUUUUACUUUCCCUGUUGAUUGAUUUUACUCAUCAACACUCUAAUCAUCGUUAAUCAUAAUUGUUUACAGUUGUUGAUUACAUUUUAAAUUUUGACCAUUUUUCACUUUCUAAAAAGUAAACCCAAAAACCAGAAAAUAAAACCAAAACAGUCAACAAGUUUAGUCUUUAACAGUGAAUAUGUUUACCAGUAAAAUUGUGAUUUAGUUUUCAUUAAACCACAAUUAAUGCCUAUCAAUAUAGAGACAAUUAAAGGUUCUCAUUGAAACGGAUUUACCAAAUUUAAAUCAAAUUUUGAAGCAACCAUUGAUCAAUAUAACCAGAGGACAAUUUAAAGUAAACAAGUAAACAAAACUGGAAAUCCCAAUUGAAAUGUAUCAUCGAGUGCUUACCGAUCUUCCAACUCGUCAUCAUCUUCCCUCACCAAUAGAUAUUAUUGGUUUUCUGCCAUCUCCUCAGGCUCAACAAUUGGUUAACCCAAUGACAAGUAUUUGCUCACCAUAUUCACAAUUCACCUCACUGAGUCCAUCGUCAACACCAAAUGGUUCACACUGUGAUCAAGCACCAAUUGCCAAUGACACAAAUGUCAACUGUAAUGGUUUAGUCAACGGACUGAAUGGAACAAGCCUAGCCAAUGGUCAACUUUUGGGUCAACACACUGAAAGUUUACCCGAUAAACCGAGAAGCUCAAUCCUGUUAACCUCCAACUUUAAUGGGCAACACUGCUCAUCACCGCACUCAAGCAACCAGUCUAAUCAAUCAAACAAAAGCACCAGUCAAACGUUGACUCAAACCUCAUCAACCAGUCCGUCAGUAUCACUCGAUAAUCAACCCUGUGAACCAAGUUUCAUGAAUGGCCUUAGAAAGUCAAACGCAGUUGAACAACAAACGCAAACUGAUCCUGAUGCUGAUGAAGGUGUGAGGAUAACUUUAACCGAAUCAAAUGGUACACGGAAUGCCUUUGAUGCCAACUGUGGAGGAAUCCCGAUCAACUGUGGUCUCACCUCUAAUGGCAUUAAUCAACCCAAAAGGUUGCAUGUUAGUAAUAUUCCGUUCAGAUUUCGUGAUCCAGAUUUAAGGCAACUUUUUGGUCAAUUUGGACAGAUAAUUGAUGUUGAGAUUAUCUUUAAUGAAAGAGGAUCAAAGGGGUUUGGUUUUGUUACUUUUUCUGAUUCCAUGGAUGCGGAAAGAGCACAGAAUCAGCUUAAUGGUUCCAUCGUUGAAGGACGCAAGAUUGAGGUAAAUAACGCAACCGCACGAAAUAACAGCAAGAAAAAUGUUACACCUUUAUUGAAAAAUGGCUCUUCCUCAAUUGUGUCACCAAUUAUCCCACUGGCUGACGAGCCAACAUCGUCGGCCACAGCCUUAAGGGAAGUGACGCUAUCAAGAGCACCGAGAACAGCACGAACCAGCUCUUUGGUAAAUGCAUUUGUUCGGCAUCCGUCUCCGUUAUCGGUGGCUACUAGUUCGCUGCAUGGGUAUGCUCCUAGUCCUGUUUAUCAAGAUCCUUUCAUGGGCUUUCCUCAUGGCCAUGAUAGAUAUCAAAUACCGCUUUUCAGUCCAAUAGUUUCUUAUCCGGAAGCCUACAUCAGCCAUGGAAUAGGUCCAGUUACUAAUUAUGGGGCAUCGCUUUUUCGUGGGGCAUACAACCGCUAUGCACCUUAUUAGCCAUGAUGAUGAAUUGAUGAGUUAUUUAUGGUAAAACGAGUUCAUCAUUUGUCUGCAGCUGGUGAAUACAUCACUGAAGUGCCGACAACAACGCGGAGUUGAGCUUGAGACCGAAUAAAGUACAAGAUCUGGAUAAAAAGAUGAAAUCUUGGGGAGAUCAUAUUAAUAUAACUUUGAACAUUGAUGGAAAGAAGAAAUAAAUCGAAUAGAAGACGAAUAGAUUGCAGCUCGUGUUAAUCAGAAAACUUUCAUAGAACAUCACACAUUAAUAAAACUGAUACCAUUAUACGAAAAAAACCUCGUGCAAAUGGGUACCAAUCUUUCAAACCAAGUUGAAGCGAUGGUUUUGCCAACGAUACCAGAUAAUUCUUGUUAUUCAAUGAUCAGAAAAGUGAAUUAUUAACCCAAGAAGCUGCUCGCCAGAAAUACAUUGAGGAAACUGGUAGAAGGAAAAUCAGGACCUGGAAAUCAAAAUAUCAAUGAUUGAAAAAGAGUAUUCUAUUUGGAAACAAAGUGAAAAAGAACAAGGUGAUGAAAACGAUGAUAAUGAAGAAGAGAAGGAAUUGGAACAAGAGAUUUGCGAAUUGAAAAAUAAAAUCAAUCUGCUUAAAGAGGGAUCUAAAGGUAUUGGCGAAUCGACUGUUAGCUUUCAAUAAUCGAUGAAGCCAUCAAAUUCAGUUGAAAUGGCCCCUCCACAGCCAUCUACUCCAGCUGUUGUUCAACCAGUGGUUAGCUCUCAAGAUAAACCUUCAUGUUCGAGUCAAUCAUCUAAUCGUAAAUACUUCAAAAAUACUUCAUGAAAAUGAAAGAUGAACAAGGCUCUCGGAGUUUCUAAGCGCUCGUAAACGUAAAAACACAAAGAUGUGAUAAAUAAUCACCAUAAUUAAAAUUAAAUGGUUAAAAUCAAUGAAAAAUUUUGUUUUCAUAAUGAUUUGAUUCAAUUUUAUUCUAAAAAUUUCAUUUUUGUACUCCUAUCACUCGUAUUCAUUGCCACAAGAAAAUAAAUUCAUUUUUAGAAAA